AUGGCGUGGGGCAUCGGCGGCGAGCUGCCGCAGGGAGCGGGGAGCGACGAGAUAGCGGGGCUCGUGAGGGAGAUGAUGACCGGGAGGAAGGGGAAGGACGCGAGGGAGAAGACGCUGCUGUGGAAGAGGCUGGCACAACUCAGUGCACAACAAGGCGGCUCAUCUUACGAUAACAUUGGUCGAUUGGUGGAGAACAUCCUACUCAAGGAGAUCUGA